AAGGACUUCGGUGGUGCUCCUCGCCCGGCUGGCGGGCGGUUCCGGCAGAGGGCCGUGUUGGCGGGACCCGGGAGCCGAAUAUAAAAUAUAUUACAUCUUUAAAAAAAUGGAUGAAGAGCCUGAAAGAACCAAGCGAUGGGAAGGAGGCUAUGAAAGAACAUGGGAGAUUCUUAAAGAAGAUGAAUCUGGAUCACUAAAAGCCACAAUAGAAGACAUUCUUUUCAAGGCAAAGAGGAAAAGAGUAUUUGAGCACCAUGGACAAGUACGACUGGGAAUGAUGCGCCACCUUUAUGUGGUGGUAGAUGGGUCAAGAACAAUGGAAGACCAAGAUUUAAAGCCUAAUAGACUGACAUGUACUUUAAAGUUAUUGGAAUACUUUGUGGAGGAAUAUUUUGAUCAAAAUCCUAUUAGUCAGAUUGGAAUAAUUGUUACUAAGAGUAAAAGAGCUGAAAAACUGACUGAACUCUCAGGAAACCCAAGAAAACAUAUAACGUCUCUAAAGAAAGCUGUUGAUAUGACCUGCCAUGGAGAACCGUCUCUUUAUAAUUCCUUAAGCAUGGCCAUGCAAACUCUAAAACACAUGCCAGGACAUACAAGUCGAGAAGUCCUGAUCAUCUUUAGCAGCCUUACAACUUGCGACCCAUCAAACAUUUAUGAUCUAAUCAAGACUCUAAAGGCAGCUAAAAUUAGAGUGUCUAUUAUUGGAUUGUCUGCAGAGGUUCGAGUUUGCACUGUACUUGCUCGUGAAACUGGUGGCACAUACCAUGUUAUUUUGGAUGAAAGCCAUUACAAGGAACUGCUGACACAUCAUGUUAGCCCACCUCCUGCCAGCUCAAGUUCUGAAUGCUCACUUAUUCGGAUGGGAUUUCCCCAGCACACCAUUGCUUCUUUGUCUGAUCAAGAUGCAAAACCCUCUUUCAGCAUGGCGCAUUUGGACAGCAGUACUGAGCCAGGGCUCACAUUAGGAGGCUAUUUCUGCCCACAGUGUCGGGCCAAGUACUGUGAGCUUCCUGUUGAGUGUAAAAUCUGUGGUCUUACUCUGGUGUCUGCUCCCCAUUUGGCUCGGUCUUACCAUCACUUAUUUCCUUUGGAUCCUUUUCAAGAAAUUCCCCUAGAAGAAAAUAAAGGAGAAAGAUUUUGCUAUGGCUGUCAGGGGGAAUUGAAAGACCAACAUGUCUAUGUUUGCUCUGCGUGCCAGAAUGUUUUCUGUGUGGACUGUGAUGUUUUUGUUCAUGACUCUCUCCAUUGUUGUCCUGGCUGUAUUCAUAAAAUUCCAACUCCUUCAGUGGCCAGCUUCGUGACAGGCUAUGAAGAGAUAUUGGAAUCUUUCAGCAAGUAUUAAGAAUUGACUCUGCAGGAAGAGGGGUUUUUCAAGAGCUUCUGUAAUCAGUGAUUCUCAUUGGAGAGCUUGGACUGCUAGUAUCGGCGUCAUCUGGGAGCUCAUUGGAAGUGCACAUUCUUGGGCUCCAUGACAGACCUAUUGAAUCAGAAGCCCCACGGUUAUGAUGAAUAUCCAAGCAGAAGAGUACAGAGGCAUGUCGGGUACUUAAAAACGGGUCCUAUGGAUAGAAUUCCACUGAAUUAAAAAAAAAAAUUCAGGUAGAUAAAGAAAACAAGUCCCAAACAUGGAAUUACUUUCUCACUUUCUAGAUUUUCUGUAAACUUAAUGUAUUUGCAUACAUAUUUAGAGUUUUAAAAAUUUAAUUGUAGUUAACAUAACGUGCUCCGGUUCUAAGUAAUGGCACGCUUUUGACAAACGUACAAGUAUAUACCCAGGCAGCCAUCACCACAGUCAAGACAGGGAGUUUUCAUCACUCCAAAAGGAUUCCCCUGCAGUCGUUACCCCCAGGACUUCCAGCACCAGGUAACACUUUUUGUUUUCUCUAUCACUGUAGACUAGUUUUGUCUGUUAUAAGCAGUUUCUUAUAAGUUGAAUUAUAUAGUCUGUGUGGCUUCUUUUGAGGUUUAUUCCUGUUGUUGCAUGUGUCAAUAGUUUGUUCGUUUUUACUUCCGAUACUUCAUCUGUAUAAAUACUUUAUAUAUGUUUAUCACCAGUGGACACUGAGGUAAUUUCUGUUUCUUUUGAUUGUUAAGAAUAACGUUACUAUGAACAUUCUUAUAUAAGCCUUUGUGAGUUCAUGUUUCCAUUUUUCUUGGGUAAACAUAUAGGAAUGAAAUUGUUAGAAUGGUAAAUGCAUAUUUAACUUUGUAUGACUCUGUUGACUAUUUUUCUAAAGUUGUACCAUGGGGCCAGCGCUUUGGUGCAGGGGGUUAAGCCACUGCCUGCAACGCCAUAUGGGUGCCAGUUCGAGUCCCAGCUGCUCCACUUUGGAUUCGGCUCCUUGCUAAUGGCAUGGGAAAAGCAGUGGAAGAUGGCCCAAGUGCUUGGGGCCCUGCACACAUGUGAGAGACCUAGAAGAAGCUCCUGGUUCCUGGCUUCAGAUCUGCCCAGUAGCUGUUGCAGCCAUUUAAGGAGUGAACCAUCAGAAAGAAGACCCCUCUCCCUCUCUCUCUGUAACUCCUCCUUUCAAAUAAAAUAAAUAAAUAAAUA